UAACUCAUUCUGCACCUUGAUUAAUUUCUUGAAAUUUUAAUUCAAACAAGAAAGAAAAUGGAGAGUGCACAAGAAGAGGAGAUCGUAAUCGUUGGAGGUGGAAUCUGUGGGCUUGCCACCGCCCUGGCUUUUCACAGGAAAGGGAUUAGAAGCAUAGUACUUGAAAAGUCAGAAACAUUGAGAACCACUGGAGUGGGAAUCAUAAUACAGUCAAAUGGGUGGCGAGCACUGGAUCAACUUGGUGUUGCUUCAAUGCUUAGGAACACUGCUAUUCAUAUACAGUCUGGGAAUCAUAUAUCAGUUGGUGACAACAAGCCAAAAGAAUUGCCAAAUGGUGGAGAAUUACGAUGCUUAAGACGAACUGAUCUUGUUAAAGCACUAGCCAAUGAUUUGCCAUGGGACACUAUACAAUUUGGUAAGCAGGUAAUAUCCAUAGAAGAGGAUCCAAUAACCUCAUAUCCUAUUCUUCAUCUUCAAGAUGGAAGUGUUGUCAAGGCCAAGAUUGUGAUUGGAUGUGAUGGUGUAAACUCUAUCAUCGCAACCAUCCUGGGGCUAAAUUCUACCAAGCUUUCUCCAACUUGUGUGGUAAGAGGCUUCUCAUAUUUCCAGAAUGGUCAUGAUUAUGGUAGCAAGUACCAUCUAUUGAGCAACGUCAACGACCGCGUUAAGCUUGGAAUUGUCCCUGUUACUCACAAGUUAAUCUACUGGUUUGUAACUCGAAAGUGGAAUUCUCAAGAUUUAAAGAUUUCAAGAGAUCGAAUGCUUAUUAAAGAAUCAACUGUGGAAUUACUCAAGAAUUUCCCUCAGGAAACAGUAGAGCUGAUAAGGAAUAGCGACCUGGAAUCGUUGCAUCUCACAGAUUUGAGAUACCGAUCACCAUGGGAUGUACUGAAGACAAACUUCAGAAAAGGGACAGUGACAGUGGCUGGAGAUGCUAUGCAUGCAAUGGGUCCAUUCCUGGCACAAGCAGGCUCAGCCUCUCUAGAAGACGCAGUGGUGCUUGCUAGAUGCUUGGGAGAAAAGAUUCAGAAUAAACCAAUGAAGGGUACACGUGUGAAAGAAAUGGUAGAGGAAGGGCUAGAUCAGUACUUGAAAAAAAGGAAAAUGAGAGUCUUCUGGUUGUGUCUGCAAACCUUCCUUACUGGUACAGUCAUCCAGCCAUCAUCCUUGCCUAUGAAAUUCUUGAGUAUUUUCUUGCUAAUCAUUCUGUUUAGAGAUCCAAAUCAGCAUACCCGCUAUGACUGUGGCAACUCCUAGAACAACACUCUUUAUCUAUAGAGAGUGAAAUUGUUGGUCUUUGAGAUUUUAUCCAAAACUUCUUCACUCAUCUCAAGCUAUAUUGACUUGAUCAUACUGAACCAUCAAACUUAUAGCUGGAUUCAAAGGAGGAUUAUAUUUCUAAUUAUCUCAUAAUCUUCUUUCAAUCCUUUUGCAACCAGCUGGCUGGGCCUAUAAAUGGAAGGCUAGUUUUUAUUCCACAAUUUGCCACUUUCAAGCAUGCAUAUGUAUGCAUGAUUGUGUAUAUAUACAAUGGUUUUAUUAUAGCUAUUGAUUAUAGUGGAUUCCAUCAUAAUUAACGGCUCAAAUUUAUGCAUAACAAUUUUUUUU